UAAAAGGGCCUGGCACCGCCGCACAAGAAGCCGCAUAAGAAGUAGGAGCCACAGAAUGAGCUGGAGGGCUCGGCGUAGUAGAGGGAUACAAUAUGCGGGCCAUUGCUGCACGUUGGGCCUUGUGUUGGUGACAGCCACAGACGGAAGGCCAGUUGCGGGCUGUAUGGGAAGUGACCCUUACUGAUUGCUGAUAUUGUUCUUCAUACCAUAAGCCGUGUAGCUAUAAGCUUCAGCGUCCUUAAGGUUGAGCAUUAUUUAUUAGAUCUCAUGGGGUCAGUCACUGAAGCAGUGGGCUGGAGAAUGGAGUAUGGAGUCAGCUUACAGAGAGGAAGCCGGGCAGGCGAAACGCGUUAGCAGUGACAUCAGGACGUAGAGGCACGGAGAUGUUUGCACACAUCUGGAUAAUAAGCGGAAAUGCUUUGCACUCGGGAAGCUCGUCUCAUUUAAUAAUGGGCUCUGAAUCCCAUGGAUUACUGAGGGGAUUUUAUCUGGCUGUAAUCUCUAGAAGGAAAUACACAAACAGCUGGGAAGACACAACAGAUCAGCAUUUUGCCAUUGGGAAUACCGCUGAAUAGAACUUUUGGAGAGGAACGGCGAUAUUUCAAGAUGAACCUUUUCUGUUUUACGCUGGAGGGUUCUAUGGACAGCUUGUAUGAACCAGUAGAACAAACCCAAGACACCAAUGAGAACAGCAAUAGCCGGGCAUCCAGCCCACUUAACGCAAAGAAUCUUCCAUAUGAACGGUCUCUGUCCUUGGAAUUUUCUGAUGUGAAAAAUACAGAAUCAGAAAAGAAGAGUAAAAAGUCCCAUAUUCAGAAAUCAGUGUCGGAAAACGAAGCUUUUGGGAGGAAGUCUUGGAGUAUAAUUCAUUCUCAGGACACCAGGAAAGCAGAGAAUACGUCUCACCUACGCAGGCACUGCUUCAUUGAAGACCUUAGUGAAGAUGAUUUCCUAAUGGGAGAGAGAACAAAUUUACUUACAAGGCAAACUAUUAAAGAGAACCAGACCGAGUGGAUAUCUCCUCCAAUUCAGAGCACAGAAAUGCCUACUAAUGAAACGGAGUUGGAUGACACAAGAUCAGAAACAAUGGGAACGCUAAAAAGAUUACAGAAACUGGUUCGAUCUAAAAAAAACAGUGUCGCUGAAGAAGGAAAAAAUACAUUCUUGCCGCUGUCUCCUACCCUCUGUGCAGACAAUGAUGAUGAUGAAGAAGAACAGACUCUAACGACAUGCAUGAAAUUAACUAAAUCACAAGACAAAAAAACCUGUAAGGACCCUUUAAGAAAGAGGCCAGACAUGGAAUACUAUGCAACCGUGGGCUCAUUGGACAGAUCUUCCAACACAAAAUGGAGCAGCCCAGGAGAUUCAGCACUGGAUUCAGAUCAUUCUUCCUUGAGCAACUGGAAAACAUUUACAGGCAACAAUUGUGACCCGCUGGUUUUCUCCAUAAAACCCAUCCAAGAAUGGGAAAAAUGUGCCUGCUGUAAUCACCAUACGCAGCUCCCGCCCUCGCUUACAGAUAUGGACCUCCCAUAUUCCUGGCGCACCAGCAGUUUUGGAGCCUUUGAUCGUUUCAGAAAAAAUUCUGUAUCAAAGCCGGAACAUUUAAAUGAGAGCAGUGAGGCCGAGAGCCUGUGUGAAGGAGGCGCUACAGAAUGUGAUAAAGCCUCACACAAUGCCGGCAGCCUGACCAAGAAGAUGAAGGCUAUAUCACUGACAAUGAGGAAGAAGAUGGGCAAGAAAUACAUCCAGGCUCUUUCAGAGGAUACGCAGGACGACACUGAAGAGUAUUAUUCUCACCGAGACAGUGACCCUGAAGGCGGAAUCCCUACAGAGAAAGUGUCUCUGAAAGCGAGCGAGUCGGUGGAAAGUCUCUACAGCCUUAAUAGUGGUCAGAGUUCAUCCAGUGGUGUAACCAGCUGCUCCGAUGGCACCAACAGAGAUAGUUUAAGGCUAGAUGAAGACAUUUCAUACCAUGGACCUUUCUGUGGAAGAGCAAAAGUUCACACUGACUUCACCCCAAGCCCUUACGACAUGGAUUCAUUAAAAAUCAAGAAAGGUGACAUUAUAGAAAUAAUCUGUAAAACCCCAAUGGGGAUAUGGACUGGCAUGUUGCAUAAUAAGGUGGGAAAUUUUAAAUUUAUCUAUGUCGACGUAAUCUCUGAAGAGGAAAUACCACCCCGAAGGAUAAGAGCAAGAAGGAAAAGUAAAAGACCAAAGCCUAAGACUUUACAAGAACUUAUGGAGAGGCUAAAUCUGCAGGAUUACAUAUCAAGCCUACUGCUUAAUGGAUAUGAAAAACUGGAAGAUCUUAAGGACCUGAAGGAAAGUCAUCUGCAUGAACUUAACAUUACGAGCUCAGAGGAAAGGGCAAGGCUGCUUGCUGCUAUUGAAAACUUACAGGACUGUGAAAACGACCAAGAGCUUGAAAAUGAAUCCGUUCCCCUGACGCUGAGCCCCGGCAAUCCUGCAAAUAAAUGUGAAUUGGAUGACUGUCCAAGAGAUUCUGGAUGCUACAUUUCUCUAGAGACUUCAGAAAACAGCAAGGAUGAGGUGGAAGUGGAAACGUUAUGUGAAAAUGUGCAUAAAAUCACAAUUACAGAAUCUGCCUAGCUGACGCACAGAACUCCAUUAUGAUGGUUGAAUCAGCAUCACCCAACUUAUAGUCUAAUCACUAUCCCAUUAGCUAAAAACCUAGAAUCUGAGCCCAAAAAGUAAAUGACAAACAGCUGACUGACUAUUCUACUACAUGUAUAAG